AUGGCGUUCGUGACGCUAUUCGCAGGCGCCGCCGCCGCCGGUCUCAUGUGGUGGAAAAGGUCCAAUGACAGGGCCGAUGAGAUUUACCAAUGGCUGGCCUCCACUGAUUACAUUCGGAAACGGGACCAUGUGAACGAGGAGAGCCGGCAUUCCAUGGAUGCCAUCCUUGUCCACCUACGCUCUGGCAAUCAGUACGCAGCCAUGGAUAUUUACAAAAACCUCUGUGGGCAGAUCUCGGAGACCACGUAUCGCCAGUCCGAGCUCGUACAACGCUUCAAGAUCGAGUUCCCUCGAGAAAUUGUCCCGUACGAGUUGGCCAAGACCAUCUUCUUACCAAAAUUCCCUGCCACUAUUGAGGUAGGCCCAACGGCCAGCGAAGUAGGCCUAAUGUCCGUCGCCGCAGCAAACGCAUCGAUCAUUGCCGAUGCUCCCAUGUCAGUACGCGCUCAGCCUCCCUUCGAAUCACAGCGGCUCCAUAUGAGCGGUAAUUACUUGAACCAACCCGAACCUGCCGCCAGGUAUGGUGUUUCGAACGCGCCGAGCCGUGCUGAGCCGCAAGGCUCGGCUGGUGGCGUCCAGCCUGACGCAAGGCCAACGGGAGAUCCACGACACGGCAUGACCGGUGGUAAACCCAGGAGUCGUCGUCGAAGCAUGUCACCGCCCCCCGCCAGGAGGUCCGCUCGGGCGAUGGGAGACACUGUCGAUAUUUUCGACCACCGCGUUAGAUAUCGUUCCCGGAGUCCAAUCAGAGGUACCCAAGCCGACGGGCCAUCCAGAUCCAAUACAACGGCCGUGGAUCCGAAGCGUCACACGAGAAACGCCAUAGACAUCGCCAAUGUCGAUAGUGACCGGUGGUCGGAGUGGAGCGGAUUCACACAAUGGAGCCGGCGUCCAAUGACCGCAUCAUCAGACUCGAACGACCGCUCUUUGGCAGAUGACGUCUCGAGAAGUCUCACGUUCAACUCCGAUUCCCAAAGCGUCGAAAGCGUGGUGCCACCUGCAUCUCAAGAGCCCGACGAUACGCUGACCAGGAUAGAGAGAUACGUUGGGGGUCUCAGAAAGACAGAGGUGCUUGGUUACGUUACCCCUUUGCAGAUUACCGCCCGGGAAUGUCAGAUUUCCGUCGAACGGAUGAUUAGAGAUGUGAUGAGACUACCCGUGAAGAGGAAAGUUAUCAUGUAUUACUCCGGCAGACCCCGCCUGACCCAUGAUUCGGCCCACAUCGCCAGACACAUCAGCGACGAGAGGGCCGACGGCGGUUCCGAUCGACCAUAUCGUCCACAUAGAUGGUUCUCUGCCAUGAUCAUGGCUACCGGUGAUGAACAGGAAGAAGAGUGCCUUCACUGUCGGAAGAUGAACAAAGAAGGCAAAGUUAUGACAUGGGGUCCCAAAUGUACGAAGACCAAUGUCAAUGGUCUGGACCGGUGCGCGAACUGUGAGUGGCACCGGGAUAAAGGUUGUCAUUCGCAGUGA